CUAGAUUUUGCAGAAAGAUAACAAUUUGCACCAUGUGCAAGUGAUAGCCAGCUAAAAUGAUCCCUAUUAUAACUUGACACGUACCUGCAACAUAGAGCUAGAGGCCGAGGAGAAGCAUUGGAGCACAGCAAGAACACUGUGUGCAUUGUGAGCUAAAGGGAGCAGCACCCUACCUGGUCCAGUGCUGCAGGAUUGAGCUCAGUAUUCCAAACUGAACCACCACCCCCUUUCAUGAUAGAGCCUCAAAAUGUCAGGGGACUCUAGAAAAGACUUUAUACUAGCUACAAUUUCUAAUUUCUUUGGUUAUGCAAGUAGCGAUGGUGCAAUUUCUCACAUUGUCGACUCUAAGGAGCUCAACAACUUUCUGGAUGAUGGUAACUGUAUGGUGUUGGCCACUCAUGCUGAGCUAACACAAGACGUUCGUCUCAUUCAAGUCUAUAACUCCAUUGAAUCUGAGGGCACAUCCGAUAAUUGGCUCGUUUUCUUCAAGCUCCAACCCACUGUAAUUGUACCCGAUAAUGUCCACACAAACAUAUUCGUUUCCACAAUGCUGGACUCUCCAGUUGACACUCUCUAUCAUUCUGUUCAGAAGGUCUUUGCCCCGAUUUUACUCAAGGAUGCAAAAUGGAGCAAGAAAUUGGACCCCAAAAUUCAGAUGCUGCUCACUGAACUAGAGGCUGGUUUGGGGAGCACACUGCGUCAAUUUGGGAAGGGUGGGAUUGAGCUGGACAGGAGUUACUCAUUUGAUUCCAACCUGGCAGGAAUUCUAACCCCUUCAGAUGAAUUUCAGUACUGGUCAGAAGCAAGCAAUUCAAGUUCUAAACUCACCUCUCGUGAGCGCGCUCAGUUUUUUCAAGAAAUGUUUCAACCGAUUCUCACUAACUUUGCUAACCUCAACUCAUUAUCGUUUGCAGACUGUCUGGAACUAGUUGAGAUCACACAAGACACACUCGACGACCUCUGGAAGCAAUCAGAUCACUCUCCAGCUUAUCCUGAGGAGCGAAUGAAACAUCUUCUCGAGAUUAUCAGCAAUUCUUUCGGUCGUUUUGCUCAGCACAAGUUAGCCAGUUUGGACAUCUGGGGUGGUGCUUUCAGUCAGGUCAGGACCAGCCUUCAAGAUGGGCUCACACUCUGUGAAAAAUGGGCAUCGGCUAGUGAGCUGCUCACUGCACAGUUUUGGAAGCAGUACCCUCUCCAUCAGUGGAAGGGGGCUGUGUUUGUGUCCACCACUCUCUCUCAACUUAUUCAGCGAUUUGAAGAAGUGCUGAGUCUACGAUCUCUCCAUGAGCAACUCCUGAAGCUACUCUCUCCCUCUGAGCAGCAGGAACUCAGUCUGGCCACUUCAUUUACACCUUUCACAGGCCUCCAGCCACUCCAGCACAACCCAUACACAGAGCCCCUGUGGAAGUCAGCAAUGGCUCAGUACGAGAGGGGGAUAAGUCCUGCAGAGCUGAGAAUAGCCAAUAAACUGAGGGGUAAGUUUCGACAGUUGGAAGCUCAACCUCAUCAGCUGCUCAGGGAGUUCCAGAGAUACAAGGAGCUGGUCAAGAGAGCCAGCAUCAGCAAAGAAUUAGUCCCUGAAAGGGAGACUCUCCUCGGGCAAUUGACUGGCUAUGUCCGUUCAAUUCGAGAUGAAUUUUCUACCAAAUCUGCCAGUUCAUCAAACAUAGCCUCGGGCCACGAACAACAGGUCCAACCCUCGGGCAAGAACUUACCAAGAGUGGUGAAUAGCGUAGUGUGGACGAGGCAGCUUGGAGCAAAGAUCUCAGAUACUCUCUCUACAGCAGAGGCUUUGCUCGGUGAUCUCUCAGGCUUUCAAAAGUUCAAAGCUGAGACUAGCGGCUUUAGAGAGGAACUGAAAGACUUUCAACGAGAGCAAUUUGACAGUUGGUCCAGACAGGUUUUGGUAUCUAUAGAUCACCCUUCAGAACCUUUAAGUCUUGAGACUAGUGGACGGUUAAUGGAGCUGAGCCACAAGGACGGUAAACUAAGAGUCCAUUACAGUGACAAGCUGGUGACGUUAUUGAGAGAAGUGAGGCAGCUUGCAGCAUUUGGAUUCUCAAUCCCCUCCAAGAUUCAACAUGUCUCCAAUUCUGCACAAAAGUUCUACAAGCAUGGAGUUAUUCUAAAGCAGGUUGCUCACUUCUACAACACUAUUGACCGGCAGAUGAUACCUAGCCAGCAAGCAAUGAUGUUGGAAGCAGCAUUGGCAUUUGAGCAUAUUAUUAAAAAUCCGAAAGCUGGAGUGAAGAAUGGAAAUGAGGAUGGAGUUCAAAUCACAUGGGAUAGUCCUCGUGAGUUAGAAGAUUACAUCACCAAACUACAAUCUGCUGCAGACAGACUUACAUCAGAAAACAGAAGGCUAAGAAAGUGCCAUGGGACUCUUGUGGAGAAGUGUGUACAUUUGAUGAGUGUAGACCUGUUGAGACAGCAGCAACGUUGGAAGCACUCUCUGAUGGAGAUUCGUCAUAUGAUGGCCUCUCUGGUCCAGGAGGGUUUCAACCCAGGCAACAUGCGACCAUGGAGGCUCCAUUGGGACCACCAAUUGUACAAAGCCUUGGAGCAUCAGUACCAGUUGGGAUUGGAAUCUCUCAAUGAGAACCUGCCGGAGAUUAAAAUAGAGUUAGUGUACAGACAUCAACAGCUUCAGUUUAGGCCCACUCUAGAGGAAGUGAGGGCCAAAUACUACCGAGAGAUGAAGAAGUUUAUUUGUAUCCCCCUGCACUUUCGUGGUGUGGGUGAAAGUGCUUCUGCCUCUGUCACUAUCUUUCCCAGAAUGAUAAGCAGAAAUGCAGCAGGGUUCAGUGUUGUAUACAAGAAGGCGGAGCAGUUGUUCCAGCGUCUGCGACAGGCUAAAAUGUUGUUCAUGGACUGGGUGGUUCUGGGCUCAGUGGACCUGGACUCCUUGGUAGACCAGCACUGUCUGCAAGUCCCUGACUGGGAGAGAAACUUUAGAGCACUCAAGGCAAAAGGAAGAGAGGCAGAGAAACUACCAAACACUAUACACAUUGACUGUAUAACUGUGUCUACACUGCCAGUGAAGUCCACCAUUGAUGAUCACAUCCAGCAGCUCUUUGAUGCUCUUCUCUCCUCUCUCAGGAGAUCCAUAUCAUCUCACCUGCAGACAAUUGAUGUGUUUCUAACUGAGGCCAAAGAGUCACUGUCUGUGAGGCCACAGAGUGUGGAGGAGAUAGGUCAGGUGACUCAGAAACAGGCUGAGCUAAGUAGGAGGAUACCAGAGGUAGAGCCUCUCUUCUUGGAAGCUGAGCGUAAGAACAAGCUGCUUCGCUCAGUGGCUGGGGGAGGAGUGGAACAACUGAGUGAGCUGAAGACCAGAUGGGACAAGUUUGAAAUUAUGAUGGAGAGUCACCAAAUGAUGAUCAAAGAUCAGGUUAAGGUGAUGAGCUCCAAGGUGGAAUCAGAAGUGAAUGUCUACACUCAAGAGUUGGACAAGUUUACAGCUCGGUGGGAUCAGCUGAAGCCUCGUGAUGAGAUGAUGGAUGGAGACAAACACACAGCAGCCAACGCUCUGGCGUCACUCAGGGAGAGGAGGGCAGAGUUUGAUGAGCUCGUCAAAUCUGCAGACAGGCUUAGGAGUGACUGUGAGCACUUUGGUAUCCCACCACCAGAGUUUCCUCAGAUUGAGGAGCUACAGGCUGACAUAGGAAAGCACGAAACAGUGUGGUCAUUUUAUGAGGAAUUCUCUAAUGGACUAGAUGCACUAUGCAGUGAAGAUUGGAUCUCAUUCAGGAGCCGAACGUAUCAGUUUGAGGAGUUUUUGCUCACUUGGGAGGAUAAACUAAAAGCUACUCAUGCGGCUGGUCAUCAGUCCACCAUUACUGUCAGACUGCAGCAAGAAGUAGACAACUUUCAUUCCUUGCUGCCCCUACUCAAGUAUGUGCGUGGUGAGGUUCUCUCUCAGGACCACUGGCACGAGUUGUUCAGAAUGCUCGGCAUGCCACGGGGAACCACAUUGGAGAAGCUGUCAUUUGGGGACAUAGUAGCAGUCAGUCCUGCCAUUAUUAAUAACUCUGACGGGCUUAAAGAGUUGUACAGUCGUGCUCAGGGAGAGGUGUCUAUCCGAGAAGCACUACGAGAGCUGGAGCUGUGGGGGGCAGCUGCUACCUUUAAUCUCACUGCCUACUCCGACUCUGCUAGAAAAGAACUCACAAUUAUAAAGGACUGGAAAGAGCUGGUCAAUGAGGUUGGUGACAAUCAGUGCCUACUUCAGUCACUAAAAGACUCACCCUAUUUUGCUGGUUAUGCUGACAAAGCUACUCUUUGGGAGACUAGACUAGCAGAGCUUGAUGAGUACCUGCACAACAUGAAUCAAAUACAGCGUCGUUGGGUUUAUCUCGAGCCCAUAUUUGGGCACGGAGCAUUGCCUAAAGAGCAGGCUCGCUUUAAACGAGUUGACGGGGAAUUCAGAUCAAUCAUGAUGGAUGUGAAUAAAGACACGAGGAUCCUGUCUCUGUUGAAUCACACUGGACUGAAGCAAACACUAGUCACACUGUUGGAUCAGCUGGGGAGGUGCCAGAAAGCACUCAAUGAGUUCCUAGAGGAAAAGCGUGCUAUAUUCCCUCGAUUCUACUUCAUUGGAGACGAUGAUCUAUUGGAGAUUCUUGGGCAGGCGACCAACCCGGUUGUGAUCCAGUCUCAUCUCAAGAAGUUGUUUGCCGGUAUCCACACUGUCAAGUUCAAUUCUGACGAGACUGAGAUUAUUGCAAUGAGAUCUCUUGAAGGAGAAGUGGUUCCUCUUACUGCCAGCGUGCCCAUCUCCUCUGAUGUGGAGGUGUGGCUGGGAAAGCUCUCUGAUGAGAUGCAGCGAACACUACAGGAGCUGUUGGUGCAGUGUCUACAAGAGGGGAGGUCAGGACAGAGUGGGACCAACCCCUCCAAGUACCCCUCACAGGUGCUCUGUCUGGCUGAGCAGGUGCUCUUCACUGAGCGUUGUGAGCAGGCCAUACUGACCGACUCGCUGAGCGAGUUUGCCAUUGAACUGGAGGCACAGCUGGACAGUUAUACCAACUCUGAUAUCCAGCCCACUAGUGGUGGAGACUCCUCCUCGAGGGUCCUGGUGCUGAAGUUGAAGGCACUCAUUCUGGACACCAUUCACAACAUGGACGUGGUGACUAGCUUGGUGGGGAGCAGGGUGAAGUCUGUAGACAACUGGCUCUGGCAGAAACAGCUCAGGUGCUAUCUCGUAAAUGGUCUAUGCAUGCUGCGAAUGGUGGAUGCAGAGUUCUCGUACACGUACGAGUACCAAGGCAACGCUCCCAAACUGGUGCACACGCCUCUCACAGACAAGUGCUAUCUCACACUGACACAAGCCAUGCAUCUCGGACUAGGAGGCAACCCGUACGGCCCAGCGGGUACUGGCAAGACAGAGUCAGUGAAGGCACUAGGGGGCCUGUUCGGGAGACAAGUGCUUGUGUUCAACUGCGAUGAGGGCAUUGAUGUCAAGUCAAUGGGUCGUAUCUUCAUUGGCCUAGUCAAGUGUGGAGCCUGGGGUUGCUUUGAUGAGUUUAACCGUCUAGAGGAGGCUGUCCUCUCAGCUGUCUCCAUGCAGAUCCAGACCAUCCAGGUGGCCCUCAGAGCACGCUCACCUCAGUGUGAUCUCCUGGACAGACAGGUUGAUCUGGACCCCAAUGCCGGUAUAUUCAUCACUAUGAACCCAGCUGGCAAGGGUUACGGCGGUCGACAGAAAUUGCCCGAUAACUUGAAACAGCUCUUCCGUCCUGUGGCCAUGUCCAAACCUGACAACGAGCAGAUUGCUGAAGUGAUCCUCUUCUCUGAGGGAUUCAAGGAGGCCAAGGCCAUUGGAAGGAAGCUGGUGGCUGUCUUCAACUUGUCGAAGGAACUGCUGUCCCCCCAGCAACACUAUGACUGGGGCCUGAGGGCUCUCAAAACUGUGCUCAAGGGUUGUGGCUCCCUACUAGCCAAGGAGAAGGGACUCGCCCAGGACAGGAAAGUUUCCCCUUCUGUCGAGAGCCAGCUGGUGGUGCAAGCCUUGAGACUCAACACCCUGUCAAAGUUAACGUUUGCAGACAGCAAGAGAUUCGACAGUCUUGUCCAGGACGUUUUCACGGGAGUGCCCUUCAAGGACCUGGAGUACAUAGAGUUGGAGAGUGCCCUCAGAGAAGCUUGUCAGGAGGCCAACCUCAUGAUCAUAGAGUCACAGAUUCGUAAGGCGUUGGAGCUCCACGAGCAGAUGAAGCAGCGGAUGGGUGUGGUGAUUGUGGGGCCCUCUGGGUCGGGUAAGAGCUCAGUGUGGAAGCUGCUCAAGUUAGCUCUGGCUAAGAGAGGGCAGGCUGUGGUCGAGUAUGCCAUGAACCCUAAAGCAAUGCCUCGAACUCAGCUGCUGGGUCAUAUUGACAUCGACACUCGAGAGUGGACGGAUGGUGUGCUCACGUACAGUGCCCGUCAGGUUGUCAAAGAGACAGAGGAGGUGCAGUCCUGGAUAGUCUGUGAUGGGGACAUUGAUCCGGAGUGGAUAGAGUCUCUCAACUCUGUCCUAGAUGACAACAGGCUCCUCACAAUGCCAAGUGGUGAGAGGAUUCAGUUUGGGCCAAAUGUUAACUUUCUGUUUGAGUCACAUGAUCUGUCAUGUGCCUCUCCGGCUACCAUCUCCAGAAUGGGAAUGAUCUUCCUCAGUGAUGAAGACACAGACAUCAAGGCCCUGGUGUUGGCUUGGCUUAAGGCCACGCCCUCCUUCACUCAGGAUCAGGAACACGCUAGACUUGAGGGCUGGCUUGAAGACUACUUCUACUCCUCCCUCUCCUGGGUCAUGAAGGCCAAUGACUUUGUUAUUGAUACCACUUUAGUGGGCGUGGCUCUCAAUGGACUGUCUCAUUUGGUGGGCGUGUCGUGUAAGGCAGAGUUUGUGUGUGCUCUGUCCCGGGGCCUCGGCGGCAAUUUGCAGCCUGCAACGAGGGAGGCAUUCACGAAGGACUUGUUUCAGAGAGCUCAUGAGGUAGCGCCAGAUUCAAGGAGACUCUUGGAUACGUUUUACGACAGGACAUCGGGCAGACUGUCCACCCAUCAGUUGGAGAUCCCUGACAAUCUGAGUGUGUCCAACAUUGUGAAUGGGCAGUUGCCUGUGAUCCUCACACCAGAUGUGCAGAGGAACCUGGCCAUGCUCACACCUUGGUUGAGCGGAGACAGCAAGCAACCAUUCAUUAUUGUAGGGCCUGAGGGAUGUGGGAAAGAGCUGUUGCUCAGGCACAGCUUUGAGCAGCUACGCUCUGUACAUGUGGCUAUCAUCCAUUGUAGUGCACAGACUGCAGCCAAGCACAUUAUGCAGAAGCUCUCUCAGGUGUGUUUGAUUAUCUCCACAAACACUGGGAAGGUUUAUCGACCAAAGGACUCAGAGAGACUUAUCCUCUACCUCAAGGAUGUCAACCUCCCCAAACCAGACAAGUGGGGGACCAGUCAGCUCAUUGCAUUCCUACAGCAGGUGCUGACCUAUCAUGGAUUCUAUGAUAACAACCUUGAGUGGGUGGGGCUAGAGGGAGUACAGAUUGUGGCCUCCAUGAACGGAGGGUCUACCCUCGGCAGACACGCCCUUUCUACCAGGUUCACUUCCAUCGUACGAAUCUGCUGUGUCGGCUACCCAGACACAGAUCAGCUACAGACCAUCUACAGCACUCUCCUCAGCCCUGUUCUCCAACAGACCCUCUCCUCUCACCCUGUCUGGGGCUCCACUGCACGAGUAUUCACUCUGAGCAGCUCAAUGGUGCAGGUCUACGAACAGGUUCGUAAGCACUUCACAGUGGACGACCACUCUCACUAUCUGUUCACUCCUCGUGACCUCACUCGGUGGGUCCUUGGCCUCCUACGCUAUCCUCUCUCCGACCAAUCAAAUUCUCAGAAUCAAGUCUUGGAGGCAUGGUCCUACGAAGCUAGAAGACUCUUCAGGGACAAGCUUAUUGGUGACAGUGCUCUCGAUCAAUUUGAUGCAAUUUUGAAUUCUGUGUUGCGAUCUGACUGGUCUACGGAUAUGGUCAGUAUUGAUCAGGGAGAUGGCGCUUUGUACGUAACAUGGGGCAGCACCUCCUCAGCUAACUCAGAGGUGAAAGGUUAUAGCUCUAAAAUUGGACGGAGCCUUGGGAGACUGUCUGGACCCGACAUGCAAGAAGUGGUGGCUAAAGCUAUGAUUACCUAUGGUAGAGAGCAUCAUGAAAUGGACAUUCUGCUGUUCCACGAACUGUUGGAUCACAUUGCCCGAGUGGAUCGUGUUCUUACCUCCCCUGGUGGGUCACUGCUUUUGAGUGGGCGGAGUGGGGUGGGUCGAAGUACAGCUGUCUCAUUAGUCGCUCACAUGCAUCAGAUGGAGAUUGUCACACCUCAUAUCUCGAGAGCUUACUCACUCAAACAUUUCAAGACUGACCUCAAAACGGUUAUGCAGCAAACUGGCAUCGACGGUAAAGAAAUCAUCUUUGUUCUCGAAGACUACCAAUUUAUCGACCCAGUUUUUCUCGAACUUGUUAACAGCCUUCUCAGUGCUGGGGAAAUCCCUGGCUUGUACACUACAGAGGAAAUUGAACCUCUCCUGGCCCCCCUCAGGGAUCUCAUGUCACAGGAAGGAAUCAGAGGAUUGCUGUUUUCAUUCUUUGCCUCUCGAAUACAGGCCAACCUCCAUGUUGUACUAGUAAUGGAUUCUACAGCACCUACAUUCACAGCUUAUUGCGAGUCCAAUCCUGCGUUCUACACAAACUGUUCCUUCCAGUCGAUGCAAGGAUGGUCCAAACAGAGCAUGCUCAAGAUACCACAGCUGUUCCUCAGUGGAGGGCAUUUACAUCGCAAAACCGACCACGGAACAUUAAGACCGCUCACCGGCGGAGACGAUCUUGUAAAGGCGUUUCUACACAUACACAAUUCUUGUUUUCAGUACGGAGCAACAUCACGCAAGUACAUAACUUUCCUCAAAACCUACAAGAGGGUCUAUCAAAGUAGAAAAGAGAACAUACAGAAACAGCAAAGUCACUUGCAGGCAGGGCUUUCCAAGCUGAACGAAGCCACAUCACUUGUAGAUCAUCUUAAAAGAAAAGCUGCCACCCAACGAACUUUACUUGCCGAGAAACAAACUGAAGCUGAUGCCGCUCUACGAGACAUCACGUCCAGUAUGCAACUAGCCACUGAGCAGAAAAGUGAAGUUGAGAUCUUAAAGCAGAAACAAUCUGAAGAAAGGUUAAAGCUUGAGAAGAGAAAGAAAGCUAUCGACAUUGAACUGUCUGAAAUCGAGCCACUUGUACAGGAGGCAAAGAAAGCAGUGAGUAGCAUCAAACCAGAGACUCUAUCCGAGGUACGGGCACUCAGAGCCCCACCAGACACUAUUCGAGACAUUUUGGAAGGGGUGCUAAGAAUUAUGGGCAUCUAUGACACAUCCUGGGCCAGUAUGAGGAGCUUCCUGGCACAGAGGGGAGUCAAAGAAGAUAUCCAAACAUUCGAUGCUCGUAAAAUUAGCCCAGAGAUUCGUGAAAGUGUUCAGGAGCUGCUUCAAAAGAACAAGAGGUCAUUCGAUCCAAAAGUCGCCAAAAAGGCUAGUGUAGCGGUUGCCCCACUUGCAUCGUGGGUAGUAGCAAACAUUCGUUUUUCGUACGUGUUGGAGAAGAUCGAACCACUAGAAAGGGAACAAUCUGGUCUACAACAGAACCUUGACAAAUCGGAGAAGAAGCUAGACAAGUUGGGGAAAGCACUGUCGACCCUUGAUCAAAAGGUCAAAGACAUGAGAGAUCGGUUUGAAUUGCUGACAACAGAGGCCGCAAAGCUCAAGAUCGAACUCGAGAAAGAAGAAGAGACAAUCGUAGCUGCUGAAAACCUUGUUGGAAAGUUAAAAGGGGAGCACAAAAGAUGGUCUGAUCAAAUAAGCAAACUGUCAGAAGAGUUGGAACAUUUGCCUCAGAGGACAAUACUAGCAUCAGGCUUUAUCACUUAUCUUGGUCAAGCCCCAGAAGAUGAAAGAAGGCUAAUGCUUUCAGAUUGGCUGCAAUUUGUUGGCCUCGAGACUUUUGAUUUGAGGCAAUUUCUGAGCUCAGAGAGUGAGCAACUCGUGUGGAAGGGUGAAGGCCUACCUUCAGAUGAACUGAGUAUGGAGAACGCACUUGUGAUAUUACAGGGGGAGCAGUGUCCAUUCCUUAUCGACCCUUCACAAAGAGCCACCGAGUGGCUGAAGACACAUUUGAAAGAGUCCCGUCUAGAGGUUGUCAAUCAGCAAGAUUCGAAUUUCACGACUGCACUCGAAUUGGCCGUUCGUUUUGGAAAAACACUUAUCAUACAGGAAGUGGACAAAGUUGAACCUCUUUUGUACCCUCUAUUACGAAAAGAUCUUAUAAGCCAGGGACCAAGAUUUGUUAUUCAACUCGGAGAUAAAAUGAUUGAUUACAAUGAAAGCUUCAAACUGUACCUCACUACACGCAACCCACUCCCUGACAUCACACCAGAUGCUGGGGGGAUAAUCACCAAGGUUAACUUCACCACAACUAGAGCAGGCCUGGCUGCACAGCUUCUGGCAGCUACUAUCAAUAACGAGAAACCUCAACUGGAAACAAGAAAGACUGAGCUUCUCAAAACUGAAGAGGAUUUAAAAGUACAACUUUCUGGUCUAGAAGAAUCGUUGCUCCAAGAGCUUGCGACGGCUGAGGGAAAUAUUCUCGAAAAUAAAGUUCUAUUGGAAUCCCUCAACCAAACAAAGUCAAAAAGCGUGACUAUCACUGAGUCGUUAUCAGAAUCUGUAGAGCUACAAGCUUCUCUGGACCAAGAAAGAGACAGUUUCUUGCCAUUGGCCGAGUAUGGAAGUACCCUGUUCUUUGUUAUCAGUGACCUGUGUAAACACAAUAAUAUGUACCGAUUCAGCCUCGCCUCCUUCCUCAGACUAUUCCAACGUGCCUUUCAAAACAAACAAGACUCAGGGAACAUUGAGCUCCGUAUUCGUGCUCUCAAAAACACUCUACAGUCUCUUGUCUACGAGUAUGUUUGUCGCUCGCUAUUUAAAGCCGAUCGUCUGAUGUUUGCCCUACACAUGGUCCAUGGUAUGCAUCCCACACUGUUCCAGGAAAAUGAAUGGGAAGCUUUCAUUGGACAGCUAGUUGGAUCGACUGCCCUGAGAAGACAAGAAUCAGCAAGAGAGUCAACUCCUUCUUGGGCCAAUCCUGAGAGAGCCUCUGCUAUUAGUAUGCUGAAAACCAACUUCCCUACUCUGUACAGUACUUUGGAGUUAAAGAAUUCGGACGUGUGGUCUAGGUUUGCUCGCAGCUCCCAGUGUGAACAAGAGUUCCCUCCUGGUGUGUUGAAGAAGAUUACUUCAUUCCAACAGCUACUUAUCAUACAAACAUUUAGACCAGAUCGACUACAAUCAGCUAUGGAGCAGUUUGCCACAAGAUCUCUGGGACUGAAGGAGCUCUCUCCCUCUACACUUAACUUCAAGCGAUUGUUUUCAGCGGAUACCUUACCGGCUGAGCCCAUUCUAGUGGUGAUCUCUCCUGGAGCAGACCCUUCUCAAGAGAUUCAAGAGCUAGCAGAAACUACUGUGGGUGGUGAGUGUUUCCAUCAAGUAGCCAUGGGUCAAGGACAAGCCUCCAUUGCACUACAGCUCUUGCGUGACUGUGCUCUCAAUGGAGAGUGGCUCUGUUUGAAGAACCUUCAUCUUGUCGUUUCCUGGCUCCCUACCCUCGAAAAAGAAUUGAACUCUUUGGAACCACACGACAAUUUCCGUCUCUGGCUAACUACCGAAUCACACCCAAAGUUUCCCACUGUGUUAUUACAAUCUAGCUUGAAGGUGACUUAUGAAGCUCCUCCUGGGAUUAAGAAGAACCUCGAACGAACAUACGAUUCUUGGAAUCAAGAUUAUAUUGGCGAAGGAAAUUCUAUUGUCAGAGCUCAAGCACUGUUUGCUCUUGCCUGGUUCCAUGCUAUAGUACAGGAGAGGAGGUGUUUCAUUCCUCAGGGCUGGUCCAAGUUCUAUGAGUUCUCCCUGGCUGAUCUACGCACUGCUGCUAGUGUCAUUGACAGACUGUGCAAAGGGAAAGGUCAGCCCCAAUGGGAGUUCAUGCAUGGUCUUAUGGAGAAUGCCAUCUAUGGUGGCCGUGUGGAUAACACCUUUGAUAUGAGAGUCUUGAUCACAUAUCUGGAGCAAUGUUUUGAUGAGUUUGUCAUCACAGGCCAGGCUGCCACUCCAGUGAGACCCGGAAAGAAGAAAAUCAAACUGCCAUUCGGAAACAUACCAGUGUCAGUGCGUGUACAAGACUACUCGGCUGUUAUCAAUUCACUGCCAGAGAGGGAUCUGCCAUCAUUCUUCGGUCUCCCUGCGAAUAUCGAUCGCUCCAGUCAGCGUAACAUUAGCAAUCAGGUGAUCUCUCAGUUAAGAGUGCUCAAGAGGAGUCCUUCAGCAGGAGACAAGUUUGACAGGGAAGCUUGGUGCACAGAGCUGAACCCAAUACUAGCAGUAUGGAAGAAACUCAAUCAGGGUUCUGAGCUGAUCACCAAGCAGGUGUCCCCUCCAUCAGACAAGAGUGACUCUCCAGUCAUGGCAUUCAUUGCUCUGGAGCGAUACAACGCCCUCCAACUAGUACAGACCAUUCACACGAGUCUGGCCGCCCUCAACAAGGUCCUAAGAGGCUCCUCCCUCCUCACACCAGCGGUGCAGAAGAUGGCUGGCUCACUUCUCAAAAGCGAGGUGCCCAGUUUGUGGUACAGUGUUUGGGAGGGUCCAGAGGAUCCUGUGGCAUAUCUCAGAGGUCUGGUUGCCAAGACACUGGCUCUGGGUAGCUGGGAGGAGAAGGGUGUGGCUGGAUCCUUGCUCAAGAGUGACUCUCUAGAUCUCUCUGAGCUCUUCCAUCCGGACACCUUCCUCAAUGCACUCAGACAGCAGACUGCACGCUCGAUGAAAUGCAGUAUGGAUAGUUUGAAGUUUGUGUGUGCUUGGAAGGGCAGUGCUAUACCUGGUGCCAAGAUAGCAGUCAAGAUUGGUGGUCUUCAACUCGAAGGGUGCAGCUUCGAUGGCUCCAGACUAAUUGAGAACCAACGAGAUUCUCCAUCAGUGUCUACUGUCCCCUCCUGCACAGUUGCCUGGGUAGCUAAGGAGACCCCACCCCCUUAUCUGGAAGGUCAAUGCAUCUCCAUGCCGGUGUACUAUAGUGCCAAUCGUGAGAAGCUGGUGACCUGUCUCUACGUGCCCCUGCCUGCUGGUGGGGGAGCGGGGAGUGGGGUCGAGUGGAUACGCUGUGGUGCUGCAAUGUUUCUCAAGAACUAAUGCACUAAUAUAAUUGCUUCAAUUCUUAUUAAGGGGGCAUUUAAAGCUGCAACCCAGUCACUUAUUGACAUGUAAUUGUUAGUAAUUAAUUUUUAUGACAAUAAUUUUGUUUCAUUAAGGAUCUUUA